AGUUAAAAACUAAAUGUAUGACGAAACUAGCCUUCUUACUGGGGAUACUUUUUAUAGGAAGUGUCCACGCAGAAUCUAUCUGCACAGAUCGCAGAUGUCUGGCUCAAAUGUUAAUCAACAAAGAGCACUUUUCUCAGCCUCAGUAUGAAAACUGCACCCUGCUCAUUAAGGUGCCGUUCAUUGAGUACCAAACUCUGGAUGUUGACACAAAGAACCUCCGUCUCAAUAGUCGUCUUGUUGCUUCCAUUGAAUGGCUGGAUCCAGGAUUGGCGUGGGACACGUCAGUUUACCAGUUUGAUCAAGUGAUUUUGCCGGUAAAUACAAUCUGGACCCCAGAGCUCCAUGUAACAAAUGGAAUAACAACAGAUAUGCAGCAAGGCUCUGAUGAUCUGGUGGUAUUCAGUAAUGGUACAGUGAAACACAGUGUGAUCAUAAAUGCAGCGGUGGACUGCGAAAUCAAUCUGUUCAACUACCCCUUCGCUGAGGAUGAAUGUCCUGUUGCAAUCCAAAGUUUUUCAGCGGGUGAUUGUGGUACAAGUCUACACAUGGGUGACGUGAAGAUGAUAGAUGGUUCCCACGGAGAUUGGCAAACAGAUUUUGCGAUUCUCAAGAAACAAAGAGAUGACCGCAAUUACAUCAUGGUGGGACUGAGCAUCAAAUAUUCAAACCCCUUCAUAACAUUAUUGCUGCCCACGAUUCUGAUCGUUUUAGCCGAUAUAGUCAGCUUUGCUCUGCCGCUGAAAGGAGGCGAACGCAACUCGUUCAAGAUCACUCUGGUGCUCAGCUUUACCAUGUUCCUGAGCAUCCUCAACGACGAGCUCCCCGGAGACGGCCAGUGCAGCCCCAUCAUCCGAACUCACUUCUGUGUUUGCCUGGUUCUUCUGGUGCUGAGCAUGCUGGUGUCCAUGCUGCUGACACGGGUGGCCAAAGAUGGGUUGUUCGAUUUGUGCAGCUUCUUCCAAAGUUCUCCCCAACGAGAGAAAGAAAACAGCAAAGAGAUCAAGGAUGAAGAGACCAGAGCUGACAUCAGUGUCGUCCAGCUGGAGGUUUCUGAGGACACGCUAAUGCUCAGAAAGAUGGUCAAGUUCCUGGAAGCUCUUCAGACCAACAGGCAGACGGAAACAGAGUACGAGAGGAUUGCAGACAGAGGGGAUAAGAUCUUUUCCUGCUUCUAUUUCAUCGUUGCCUCGUCAUACGUUACUGCAAUGACUUGUGUUAUGGUGAAGUAUAAAUGCAAAGUGAAUCACUUUGAUUUCUGGUACUGAUGCAACCCCUAACAUGAUUUAACUCACUUAUUGUUUUAAAAUAAACUGAGCUGGGCUGAAAGGAAAUGAACAUUUUAUGGUAAAACACUUAAAAAAAUAAUUAUUCAGUCAAAUUUAAGAACAUGUAAAUAAACUUUACC